UGUAGGGAGUUUAAUCUUUUGAGUUUUGACUAUUGAUGUGAAUUGUUUUCAAAUUAUUUUUCCUUUGAAUCAAAUGGACUGUGCCAUCUCGGCUAGACCACAGCCAUGGCGGCACCUCUCUUUACAACAGCGCGAAACUACCGCAGCAUCUUCGUCUUUGCCGGGAGCACUUACAGGAACUCGCUUCAUCAAAAUCUUAGCUUUUCUGUUAAAUUCAAGCCCAAACCCUUCAAUUUCUCCUCCCAUCCUUCAAGGCUCAUCAUAAUAUCUGCAAAAUCCACCUCCACACCCACAGGAACUGAGUCACAUGUUGCGAGUGAGGAGGCUAUAAAUGUGUUGGAGAAUGUGGAGGUGUGUGAUUUGGGAGGAAAAGCAGUUCCUAUUUCUGAUUUGUGGAAAGAUAGAAGAGCCGUUGUUGCAUUUGCCCGUCAUUUUGGUUGCGUGCUUUGUCGCAAAAGGGCUGAUUAUCUUGCUGCAUUCAAGGAUAAAAUGGAUGAUUCGGGUGUGGCACUUGUCUUAAUUGGACCAGGCAGUGCUGAUCAGGCGAAGACAUUUGCUGCACAAACUAAAUUUAAAGGAGAAGUUUACGCAGACCCUAGCCAUGCAUCGUAUGAGGCAUUCGGAUUCGUGUCUGGCAUUUCGACCACAUUCACUCCUAAAGCCGGUUUGAAAACCUUACAAGCGUACAUGGAACCAAUGUCUGUCUUAACCCCCUAGAGAAAACUCUUUCUGUGCGCUCUUGCUCCGCCAACCAUACAUUAUAAGUCUGAUGUGUGAAACUCAUAACCAGAUACAGGAAACUAAGUUAGACUACGGUUGCAACAAGGUGGAAUAAUUGUUGCAGGUCCCGGUAAAACUAACAUAUUGUACAUCCACAAGGAUAAGGAAGCAGGAGAUGAACCACCAAUAGAGGAGAUCUUGAAGGCUUGUUACUCGCAAACUACUCCCUAAUUGAACUCUUUCACCCGCACCAAAAAAACCAGACUGCCGUGACCUGAACAUGAAACCGGUCCGGUUCACAACGGGCGCAUGCAGGCAUCGAACCUGGGUCCUUCUAGGACUUGCUUACCUCUCCAAGUCACCAACCAACUGAGCUGGUACUUGUUCAACAUGCUGUGCAAUGUGUUAUAUAUUCUCUCCUUAAUUGUUGUUAAACGGAUUGUUUUCUAUUAUCUCCUUAUUUCAUGGACUUCCAAAAAUUGUUCGAAGAAAUAAAAUGAACAUUG